AAGUUACGUUAGAACAAAAUUAAGAUAUAUUGUUUUUGUUUUUUCCCCCUCUAUUACGCUUUUUUGUUAUUUAGCUUGGAAAAGGAGCUCAUUUGCAGAUUUGGGGGUUUUGUUUUGUCAAAAAGAAAUUCGGCUGGCCAUGAACGGUCUGGACCGCGUGCCUUCCGGAACCAAUUAAAGACCCUCUCGUAGCGAUCGUGCCAACUCGAACAUGCGCAGUCGCCGCUCGUUCGUAGGACUUCUGAUUCGUGUUGAGAGAGACCGCGAAAGUCUGCGAAAACACCCUGAAGUUGUCAGACAAAAAUACUAAAAGGUAAAUUUGCUGUCGGUGUAGGUGAAGACUCAGAGGGUGAGCACGAAAAAGAUAAAGCUCAGAACAUUUGUUUGCUGUUAACCUGCUACGUCUUUAACCCGGGCUGAGUGGAAAUGGCAGAGCAGCAGCAGCAGGAGGAGGAGGAGGAGCAGCAGGCGUUAUCCGUGCUGGAGACGCCGGUGUCUGGCCCAUCCCGGACGGGGCGUGCGGUGAAUCUAGCUCGGCUGCUUCACCACGAGUGCACGGAGCUGCUGCGGCUUUACAAAAACAGGGAGACCUUUCUAUUGGACCACACCCCUGAUGGCUCACGCAUCGUGUCCCCGUCCCCCCCAGAGGGGGAGCCCCGCGCAGCGAGGCAGGUGCAGCUCCUGCACUCGGCACUGCGGCAGUGCCUGGGUCUGCUGCACUGUGUCAUCCAGAAGGAGGAGGAGGAGUGGGGCAAGCUGGAGGAAGACUACGAGUCCAUGAAGAAGAACGUCCGAGUGAGACUGGAGGAUUUGCUCUACACAACCAAGAAUCUGGUGGAAAAUGAAGACGGGACCCUAGAAGUUACCCCGGAUCACCAGUGUACUGAGGAAGUGGACGGUGCCGGUGGGGUUUUUGGCCUAAAAAUGUGGAUCUACCGUGUUCUGGUGGAGCUGGCCCACUGGUCCCACCACGCUGUGCAGACCCUCCACGUCCUGCACAAACAAACACAAGGAGUCGAAAAGGAGGUUUAAAUUGGUUUGGCUUUAACCACACCAAUCAAUGAAUUGCAAUACUAACAGCCCUUUUAAUGUACUCUACAGUAAACAUGAAUCUUAGCCCGGCCUAUACUCUGAACACUGUGUGAAAAUACUAAAUGCACUGCCCAACACUAAGCUUUCAUCGACCCACAUUAGGAGCUUUUCCCACACUGGUAUUCCCACAACUACGUGCUAGAUUGACCUCUGUUUUUGCUGGAGUUCUAGUGGGUUUGUUGAAUUCAGUGCAAAGGUAAAUGUGUUACGUUUCAAUUGUAUUCUGUUUGUAAUUUAUUGAAGUACCUCUGAAAACAUUGUAGCUGCUACUAAUAACACUCCAAAAUGUACUAACUGCUAGAUAAACACCAAAGUAAUCCACUGUGAUUAACGUGCAGCCGGAUCUGUAUUCACUGUUGAGCAGCUCUCCUCAGAGUCCGCGCUCCACGCCUUCAUCGUGAGAACGGUUUGGAGACAGAAGCAUCGUGCUGCUCUUUUUGCCAAUAUUGCUCCUGAUGGUAUACUUGAAGCUGAACUUCUCUGCCUGUUUCAACCGUUAAGACCAAUUCUGUUGUGUGCCCCCUCCCCCCAAAAACCAGGAAAUGGCUCAAGAACUACUGCAUAACAUUUUAUAGUGGAAUUGUAUGGUCUGAGACAAAAAAAAGUAUUAAACACUUUGAGCUACAAGCCCUUCUCUGUGGCAUGAAUGAGGUCUGACUUUAUGACAUGAGUUUUUAAAUAAACUGUGUACUUUGUUUGUGAGAGUUGACUUGAUGCGUGUUGGAGAACGAAAUACCUUAUUGGUCCUUAAUGGAAGAACGUUCAUCUCCCUUAAGAGCCCCG